GAAGCAGCUGAUUGGUCGGCCCGUUUGGGAGGUCAGGGGUCGAAGGCUAUGGCGGGCCGACUCCUCCUCUUCCUGUUGGUCGCCGUGACGCUCGGCCACGCCCAGUUCCUGUCGGGUCAGCGCCUGAAGCCCCGCCUCCAGAGAGACCGACGCAACAUCCGGCCGAACAUCAUCCUGGUCCUGACCGACGACCAGGACAUGGAGCUGGGUUCGAUGCAGGCGAUGAAUAAGACUCGCCGCAUUAUGGAGGAGGGCGGGACUUCCUUCUCCAACGCCUUCGUGACCACGCCCAUGUGCUGUCCGUCACGUUCGAGCAUGCUCACCGGGAAGUACGUUCACAAUCACAACACAUACACCAACAAUGAGAACUGUUCCUCCAUGUCGUGGCAGCGGCAACAUGAGCCGCGGACCUUCGGGGUUUACCUCAACAACACUGGAUACAGGACAGCCUUCUUUGGGAAGUAUCUGAACGAGUAUAACGGCUCGUACGUUCCCGCCGGGUGGAGAGAGUGGCUCGGUUUGGUGAAGAACAGCCGAUUCUACAACUACACACUGAGCCGCAACGGAGUCCGAGAGAAACAUGGAGCUCAGUACCCACAGGACUAUUUGACGGACCUGAUCACGGCUGAAUCCAUCCACUACUUCCGCUACUCCAAGCGGGUUUAUCCUCACCGGCCGGUUCUGAUGGUCCUGAGCCACGCAGCGCCGCACGGACCCGAAGACUCAGCACCGCAGUACAGCAACGCCUUCCCCAACGCAUCGCAGCACAUUACUCCCAGUUAUAACUACGCUCCAAACCCAGACAAGCACUGGAUCAUGCGUUACACCGGAGCCAUGAAGCCGAUCCACAUGGAGUUCACCAACAUCCUGCAGAGGAAACGACUGCAGACGCUGCUGUCAGUGGAUGAUAGUAUGGAGAAGCUGUACAACAUGCUGGUGGAAACAGGCGAGCUGGAGAACACUUACAUCAUCUACACGUCCGACCACGGGUAUCACAUCGGACAGUUUGGCCUCGUUAAAGGUAAAUCGAUGCCGUACGAGUUUGACAUCAGAGUCCCGUUCUACAUCAGAGGACCCAACGUGGAGCAAGGCAGCAUUAACCCUCACAUGGUCCUGAACAUCGAUCUGGCUCCAACCAUCCUGGACAUCGCCGGCCUCGACACGCCGCCUGAUAUGGACGGGAAGUCGAUUCUGACUCUGCUGGACACUGAAAAACCUGCUAACAGGUUUCAGGUGAACAAGAAGUCGAAGGUUUGGAGAGACUCGUUCCUGGUGGAGAGAGGGAAGCUGCUGCACCAGCUGCACCAGCGAGUCGAGGGGAAGGAAGUGUCGCAGGAGGAGAACUUCCUGCCCAAACACCAACGAGUGAAAGAUCUCUGUCAAAGAGCCGAGUACCAGACGCCCUGCCAGCAGACCGGACAGAAGUGGCAGUGUGUGGAGGACGCCACCGGGAAGCUCCGCCUCUUUAAAUGUAAGAGUGAUGGCGGCGGCGGGGUUCAGAACCCUCAGAGAGAGCUGACGGGUCGGCAGCGUCUCAUCAGCAUCAAGUCGCAGCUCUACCAGCGCAGCGCCGAAGCAUGCGACUGCGACAUGCGUGACCUCCGACCUCUGAACCCGCGGCCCUCCAGCAUGAGACCCUUCAACAAGAAACCUUUCUUCUCCAAGAAGAAGUUCAAAGCCUUAAAGAGCUACUCCAGGAACCGCUACAGCCGCUCCGUAUCCAUGACGAACAGUUACCCCGGCAACGGCAGCCUGGUGGGCGGAGACUGGGACGAUCCGCCCACGGACGAGACCGAGGACGACUUCAGCGGGAUGGGAGGAGACGCCAACGCUCUGACCCCCCGCAACUCCAUCAAAGUCACACACAGGUGUUCCAUUCUGUCCAACGCGACAGUGAAGUGUGACACCGGUGUGUAUCAGUCUCUGCAGGCCUGGAAGGACCACAAGCUGCACAUCGACCACGAGAUUGAGACAUUACAGACGAAGAUCAAGAAUCUGAAAGAGGUCAAAGGUCACCUGAAGAAGGCACGACCCCUGGAGUGUGACUGUAAUAAAUACCUGUAUAAGUCCAAACUGAAGAGUAAGCUGAGGUACAGAGGAGGCAACCUACAUCCCUUCAGCAGGAAGGGCGGGGCUCGGGACAAGAAGGCGUGGCUUCUGAAGGAGCAGAAGAGGAGGAAGAAGAUGAGGAAGAUGAUCAAAAGAAUCCGAAACAAUGACACGUGUUCGAUGCCCGGACUCACCUGCUUCACACACGACAACCAGCACUGGCACACUGCACCCUACUGGACAUUGGGUUCGUUCUGCGCCUGUACGAGCGCCAACAACAACACAUACUGGUGUCUGAGGACCAUCAACGAGACUCACAACUUCCUGUUCUGUGAGUUUGCAACCGGCUUCCUGGAGUACUUUGACCUCAACACAGACCCUUACCAGUUGAUAAAUGCUGUCAGCUCUUUAGAUCGGACGGUUCUCAAUCAGCUCCACGUUCAGCUGAUGGAGCUCCGAGGCUGCAGAGGACACAAGCAGUGUAACCCUCGCACACGCUCAAUGGAGCAUGCAGGAGGGCGGGAACAUGGCAGCUUUGAUGACUACAGGUUGUUUGAGAGGAGGAAGUGGCCGAGAGUCAAGAGACCUUCGUCAUCUCGAACCCUAGGUCCGAUCUGGGACGGCUGGAAGGGCUAAGCCUCCUGAUUGGCUGGAGCAGGCUUCUGACCCCGCCCCCAGCAGCCUGAAGGACGUGGCCGUUGUCACGGCGACGUCACUCAGCAGCCACGCCCCCAACUCACCUGUCAGCCAAUCAGCCUCUGCCGUCCCUGUGACAUCACCAGGCCCUCCCACCCUGCUGCUCAGGGAGACGCUGGGACCCAACUCUUCAUCAGCUGCUCCUCCCUCCUCUUCAUCAUCCUCAUCGUUAUCAUCCUCUUCAUCCUCCUCAGAAGCUCUGCUGGUUUCCUCUGAGGAGGGCAGCUCCAGCUGGAGGAGCCGGGGAGACGAGGAGGAGGAGUAGGAUGAAGAGGAAGGUGAUGAUGAAGAGGAGGAGGAAGAGGAGGAGGAGGAGAGGUAGAGGAUGGUGGAUUGGUGUUUGGGCGGGCAGAGCUUCCUCUCAUCCUUUCAAAUCAGUCGGUCUUUAAUCUACAGCAGCGUAUCCCCUCCUCUUCCUCCUCUUCCUCUUCCUCCUCCUCUUCCUCAGGUCACC